UCGCACUACGGUAGGCAGGCACACGUGAGAGGGGGAGUCGAGUGAGUCCGGUUCGUUUCCGAGAGGGAGGGGGGGGGGGUUGGAAGUGGAGCACGACCGGCACUUGUGCGUAGCAAGCUGCGUGUGUUUAAGAGAUUUGAUUGAUUUGACACGUGGCCGCACAAGAUGGGCUCUUUACGACCCCCCAUGGAUUUUCUGGCGGCAGAACGUGCAAGCUCCAGCGUUGACGUCACGGGUUUGACAUGGUUCCUGUACGGCGGACGGGAGAUGGCUGAACGGAUGGCCUGGAUUGCGGAGCUGGUGGCGGGAGAUCCGGUGUUUCGCAAGGACGAUACGCGCCAUCUUUCCCGCGCGGAGAUGAUGAAGCGCGCCAUCGAAAAAGGUGUCCACGCAUUUAAAAAAGCGCGGGAACUUAACUUAACCCCCGAGGAGAGCGGGUUCAUGCGGCUUUUCGUCGACGAGGUAAUGCCCACGAACCUUCAUUACGCGAUGUUUAUCCCUACGUUGGUGGGUCAAGCGGCCGACGAGCAGCAACGGCUAUGGCUGCCGAAGGCAAGAUCGAUGGAGUGGAUUGGAUGCUACGCGCAGACGGAGCUGGGCCAUGGGUCGAACGUGCAAGGACUGGAGACGACGGCGAGAUUCGAUCCCUCGACCGAUGAGUUUGUAAUCAACAGCCCAACGGUUACCUCUACCAAGUGGUGGCCGGGGGGGCUGGGAAAGGUCUCGACGCACGCAAUCGUGUUCGCGAGAUUGGUGACACGUGGCAAAGACUGGGGAGUGCACGGGUUUCUUGUCCAGAUUCGAUCCCUCGUCGAUCAUAAGCCGAUGCCAGGCGUUGUCGUUGGGGAUAUCGGACCGAAGAUGGGACAUGGCGGUUAUAAUACGAUGGACAACGGGAUGUUGAGGCUGACGAGUGUGAGGAUACCACGUGGGCAAAUGCUGAUGAGAUACGCGAGGGUGGAGAGAGACGGCACGUACGUCCGCCCCCCUCACGACAAGAUUGGCUAUGGCGCGAUGGUGUACGUGCGCGUGGGGAUCGUGAUGGAGUCGGGAGUGCAUCUUGGUCGUGCUGUGACCAUAGCCGUUAGAUACAAUGCCAUUCGUCGGCAAUUCAAGGCGAGAGCGGCGGCGCGCAACAAGACGAAAGAGAAGGGGAGCGCAGAGGGAGAUGCAAGCUCGGCGGCUAUGGCGGCGGACGCCGAGGCCGGCCUGGAGACGAAGAUCAUCGACUACCGCGCUCAGCAGUACCGCCUGUUCCCUCUGCUCGCUUCGUCUUACGCGCUUUUCAUCGUCAGCCGUUGGAUGGCCAACUUCUACGCGAAGGUGAUGAGAGAUCUGAUGGAGGAGGGAGAGUUCUCCUCCCUCCCCGAGUUGCACGCCUCGUCGGCCGGUUUAAAAGCGUUGACGACAACGAUGGCUGCGGACGGGAUAGAGGAGUGCCGAAAGCUCUGCGGCGGCCAUGGCUAUCUGAUAGCCAGCGGGUUGGCCGAGCUGUUCAAUGCGUAUGUGUGCGCGUGUACAUACGAAGGGGAUAAUCAGGUGCUCUUCCUCCAGACGGCGAGAUUCUUAGCGAAAUCGUGGGGCGGGCGGGGCGGCAGCGGAGGUCUAGUAGAUAUGGCAGCGGAAAGAGGGAUUGCCGGAGGGGAGGAGGAAGAGAGGAGAAGGAGUAGCGGCAUGAUGGAGGAGGACGAGGAGGAAGAAGAUGAAGAAGGAGAGGAAGAAGAAGAAGAGGAGGAAGAAGAGACGAGGGGGGAGACGAGUAGCAGUAGUCGGAGCUGGCCGCGUGGCAGUAGGAGCGAGGGAAGGAGGGGGAAGAGGGAAAAAAUGAGCCUCAGGAUGAAGAAGGUGCUACGUGGCAGCACCGUGGCUUACCUUGGCGAUGGCCCCCGGCUUUGCCGGUUAUGGUGUCCCGCUCAGCAGCCGUCCGAUUGGCUGCAUCCCUUGCUGCAGAUCGAAGCGCUCUCCGUCAGAUCUGCCUAUCUUGUCUCGGAAUUUGUUGAUGACGUCAACUCCCCUGACGCCACCGUGCAAAUGAUCAGGGCAGCUAAGGCUCACUGCGAACGCCUCCUUGCCGUCCAAUUCACAAUAGCUGUGGAGAGAGAAGGAGGAGGAGGAGGAGGAGGAGGAGGAGGAGGAGGGGAGGAAGGAGUAGAAGAAGAUGUAGAAGAAAAGACAAUGAGCAGCGCAAAUUUCGCUGCAGCUGCUGACGUGGCUCGUCGUGCAGAUGGCAUCAAGAGGCCGUUGCGGGUGUUGCGUGACGUGUACGCGUUGUCACGACUCGAGGCAUCAGCUGGGGAUCUUCUAGAGGCUGGGUACUUGACACGUGUCCAUGUCCUGCAGAUCAGGCAACAGCUCCUUAGACUCCUACAGAUGCUGCGGCCCGACGCCGUGGCGAUGGUGGACGCCUUCAAUUUCACGGACCAUUUUCUUGACUCUGCCCUCGGCAGACACGAUGGCGAUGUCUAUACUCAUCUCUACCAAUUAGCACUCAACGACCCUCUCAACCAUCGCGAGGUGGUAGAUGGCUACGAAGAAUAUUUGCGGCCUCUAAUCGUCAAAGAAAACGACAAAGAACGACCACAGGAUUCCCAAUCCAUUCCUCACCAUUCUCGACUUUAACUCUGUGUGUGUGUGUGUGUGUGUGUGUGUGUGUGUGGGUGUUUAUUUAAGAACCCAGAAUUCUCUCUACCAUGCCAUGCACGAAUCAUCACAAACCAUCCAUAGAACAAAAGAAGUAUAGGCGGGCAAUGUAAUAGAAAGUGCAAGGUUCCCCACGUUUGUGUGGUUGAGCGUGUGUGUGCGUGUGCGCGUACACGUGUGCGCGAGUCUGCCUGUGUGUGUGUGUGUGUGUGUGUGUGUGUGUGUGUGUGCGUGUGCGUGUGCGUCUUACACCCACACACAAAUGCAAGGAUGGUAUUAGUCGGUCCAUUUCCUUUCCAGAGACAGCACUUACAAUUCACAUACUGUGUUAUGUUCGUUCUCCUUUCCUCUCUUUCACCCUUUUUUUGGGGAUCUCGAUAAACCCGAUGUACACUGUACAGUGCAUUUUGAUUUAAUAGGAGGCUGGUGUAUUCGUCAUGGCUGUAUCUUUUCUAUAUGUUAUGUUCCUUCUCCUAUCUUCUCUUUGUUCUCGUCUCUGAGUGCAAUUACCCCUUUAAAAAAAAACUUGCCUCCGUUUAGAUGUGCCCAAAACCGCUGUACGAUAGAAGGGCGUUUUGCUCAGUUGUGUUUUGUCCAAUUUUCGUAUUUUUUUUCUGGCGUUCAGCCGUGCCUCUAUCAAGUGUGACUAUGGCGACAAAUGUGUGCUGCCACAGUACUAGCACUAAAAAGUGGCGACUGUGGACUGCUGAUGCAGUCUUGCUGGAAGGUGAUGUGAAUGGAGGGGCACCCUCUCGCUGAUGGCUGGGUACGCGGGAGACCGGAGGGGUAUUUGCUUCCCGAUGGGUGGGUGGGUGGGUACGCGGGUCGUUUCCCCACAGUACUGAAAAUGAUACCUGUGGGAAGGUGAUGUGAGUGGAGGGGCACCCGCUCGCUGACGGCUGGGUACGCGGGAGACUGGAGGGGUACUAGCUUCCCGAUGGGUGGGUGGGUACGCGGGUCGUUUCCCCACAGUACUGAAAAUGGUGCCUGUGGGAAGGUGAUGUGACUGGUGAGGGGUACUAGCUCGCCGACGGUUGGGUAUGCGGGAGACCGGAGGGGUACGAGCUUUUGGGUA